AAAAAGAGAGAGAAAGAAAAAAAAACAGAAAAGGUAACUUUUUGUGUGGAGGGGGGUGGAAAACUUGCCUUUUUAAGGCAGAAUUUUGAGUUGGAUUUUAAAUAUUGCAUCUCCCAUCUUCUUCUUCCUCUCCUCUUCUGUUUCAUGCAACAAUAGCCAUACCCAAACCCUUCAAUCUCUCUGAAUCACUCAUUCUAUUCCUUAUAUACCUUUCCUUGAACUUGUCUUCUGGUUGCAAGUUGAUCAGCUAUGGCAGUGGCUCAGCUUCUCAUCAAACCAACUCAAACUUUCUCCCCAUUCCUGGAAUCUCCAAGGCCAAAGUUUAGAAACCCCAAACAGUUUUGUUUGAGAGCUUCGAGUAAUAGCACGAAUGGAGAAGGGAAGAAUUUGCCAGAUAAAGAAAAAGAUGGAUUGACGAUUGACUACUCAGGCGAAAAACCAGCGACCCCAUUGUUGGACACUGUGAAUUUUCCUAUUCAUAUGAAGAACCUAUCAGUACAGGAUCUUGAGCAGCUAGCAGCAGAGCUUAGAGCAGAAAUUGUGUUCUCUGUAUCAAAAACUGGAGGUCAUUUAAGUGCAAGCUUAGGCGUUGUCGAGCUAGCCGUGGCACUGCAUCAUGUGUUCAACACUCCAGACGACAAAAUCAUAUGGGAUGUUGGCCAUCAGGCAUAUCCUCACAAAAUUCUCACUGGAAGAAGGUCUAGAAUGCAUACUUUAAGGCAAACUUCAGGGCUUGCUGGCUUUCCAAAAAGGGAUGAAAGUAUUCAUGAUGCAUUUGGUGCAGGACACAGUUCUACAAGCAUAUCAGCUGGUCUUGGCAUGGCAGUUGGAAGAGACCUUUUGGGAAAAAAGAACAGCGUCAUUUCUGUGAUUGGGGAUGGAGCUAUGACAGCAGGCCAAGCAUACGAGGCGAUGAAUAAUGCAGGCUAUCUCGAUACGAACAUGAUCGUUAUUUUAAAUGACAACAAGCAAGUCUCAUUGCCGACUGCUACUCUUGAUGGCCCUGCUACUCCUGUUGGAGCUCUCAGCAGUGCCUUAACCAAACUUCAAGCAAGUACACAGUUUCGAAAACUUCGCGAAGCUGCAAAGACCAUCACCAAACAAAUUGGGAAGCAAACCCAUGGAGUUGCAGCCAAAGUCGAUGAAUAUGCAAGAGGCAUGAUAAGUGGUUCGGGAUCGACAUUUUUCGAGGAGCUAGGCUUGUAUUAUAUUGGACCAGUGGAUGGACACAAUGUGGGAGAUUUGGUCACCAUUUUGGAUAAAGUCAAAUCAAUGCCAGCCCCUGGACCGGUAUUGAUCCACAUUCUUACAGAAAAAGGGAAGGGCUAUCCUCCAGCAGAAGCAGCUGCAGAUAAAAUGCAUGGAGUAGUCAAGUUUGAUCCCAAAACAGGCAAGCAAUUCAAGACAAAAUCCCCCACACUUUCAUAUACUCAAUACUUUGCUGAAUCUCUGAUAAAAGAAGCUGAACUGGACGACAAAAUUGUAGCCAUCCAUGCUGCCAUGGGUGGUGGAACUGGUCUUAACUAUUUCCAGAAGAGGUUCCCACAGCGUUGCUUCGACGUCGGGAUCGCCGAGCAACAUGCUGUUACAUUUGCAGCUGGUUUAGCAACAGAGGGUAUCAAGCCAUUUUGUGCUAUUUACUCAUCCUUCCUUCAAAGAGGGUUUGAUCAGGUGGUGCACGAUGUAGACCUUCAGAAACUACCUGUCCGCUUUGCAAUGGAUAGAGCUGGUUUGGUCGGUGCUGAUGGCCCGACACAUUGUGGAGCAUUUGAUAUAACAUACAUGGCUUGUUUGCCGAACAUGAUUGUCAUGGCUCCAGCUGAUGAAGCUGAACUAAUACACAUGGUUGCGACAGCAGCAGCGAUAGACGAUAGACCAAGUUGUUUUCGGUUUCCAAGGGGCAAUGGGAUAGGAGUUGUUGUUCCUCCUAACUUCAAAGGGACUCCAAUUGAGAUUGGCAAAGGGAGAAUACUGAUGGAAGGCACUAGAGUUGCUAUAUUGGGGUAUGGUUCAAUAGUUCAACAAUGUGUUGAAGCUUCGGAAUUGCUGAAAACAAGAGGCAUUGCCCCAACAGUGGCAGAUGCAAGAUUUUGCAAACCUCUUGACACUCAACUUAUUAGGCAACUGGCAAAAGAACAUGAAAUUCUGAUUACUGUGGAGGAAGGCUCCAUUGGAGGCUUUGGUUCUCAUGUGUCCUAUUUCCUUAGCUUAGCUGGAAUUUUAGAUCAACAUCGUCUCAAGUUGAGAAGUAUGGUUCUUCCAGAUCGAUACAUCGACCAUGGAGCACCACGAGACCAGAUGGAAGAAGCAGGACUGUCAUCUGAACACAUAGCUGCAACAGUCCUAACUCUUAUGGGCAGAUCUAAAGAAGCUCUUUCAUUCCAAGUUUCUGCAGCUAGGAAGUCAAGCUUCUAGUAGGAAGCUAUAUAUACACAUAUAUGUAUCUACAAAAUCAUAUGGAUAUGUUGUUCAUAUGAAGUAAUAGAGCUUUUAUGGGGAUCCAGAUGUUAGUACUAGUGCGUGAGAUAGGAAAAUAUUGUCAUAGAUGUCAACGUAUGGAACUCAUCGAUGAUAAUCCUAGGAUCCUUAAUUAGGUGAAUUUCCAACACAGAUCAAAACAAUUUUAAACCACAUCAUGAUUUUUAUCAA